GAAACGGAUCAUCUCAGAAAAAUGUUGGUGCAAAAAGCAAAUGCAUUUUGGAUAAACAGUUGAUUGCCCUUUUCCAUCACCAUUCCCCCACUCUCACUAUUCCACUCUCCUUCUCACGCGCCUCUCAACCCCUAAAAUUUCAACAAAAGGUGUGAAAAUUUUCAACACAGACUACUGUGAUAAGUAAUACGUCGUCGUCACGUGGGUCUCCAUUCCACGACAAAAUCUUCAUCCCUUACCCAUUCCUCCUCCUCCAUGGCUCUACCUCCCUUUCUUCUUCUUCCUUUUCUCAGUCUCUAAACCUCUUGAUUAUCCCCCACAACCUGUACUCACAGCUAUGGCGAACAAUAUCUCCGAUGCCGCUGCUACAACCACGAUAAACGAGCUUCCCGAUGUGAUUUUAUUACACAUAUUUUCGAUGGUUACUGAUACCAGAAGCCGGAAUUCUCUGGCUCUGGUUUGCCGGAAAUUCAUGGCACUUGAAAGGGCAACGCGCUACUCUCUCACGCUCCGGGGAAACGCGCGGGACCUUUUCUUGAUCCCCAAUUGUUUCAGAUCUGUGACCCACUUGGACCUCUCUGUUCUUUCCCCAUGGGGCCACUCUCUACUCUCUUCUCCUUCCUCCGAUCCUCACCUUCUCGCUUACCGCCUCAAGGUUGCCUUCCCUGCCGUAACCUCCCUCACCGUUUACUCCCGAUCUCCCUCUACUCUCCAGUACCUUCUUCCCCAAUGGCCUCGUUUGCGCCGCCUCAAGCUGAUCCGGUGGCAUCAGCGAUCCCAAACUGAUAUCGGCGACGACUUCAUUCCCAUCUUCGAGCACUGCCAAUCUCUUGAAUAUCUAGAUCUUUCCUCUUUCUAUUACUGGACUGAAGAUUUACCUCCCGUUCUCCAAGCAUAUCCCGCUAUAUCGGCGUCGCUUACACACUUGGAUCUGCUGACCGCGUCCUUGUCGGAGGGAUUCAAGGCGAACGAGAUUAGCGACAUAGCUCGUGCUUGUCCCAAUCUGAACAAGUUUCUUGUAGCCUGUAUAUUCGACCCGAGGUACAUUGGAUUUGUCGGGGACGAGACUUUGAUGGCCAUAGCGAGUAACUGCCAAAAAUUGUCGGUUCUCCAUUUGGUGGAUACAUCUUCGUUGUCCAAGGUGAGAGGAAAUCCGGAGAGCGAGCAGUUAACGUCAGAGGAGGCGAGGAUUACCGGAGCAACGCUGGUGGAGUUUUUCUCAAGCUUGCCUCUGCUUGAGGAACUGGUUUUGGACGUUGCGAAGAACGUGAGGGAGAGUGGGUUUGCAUUGGAGGUUUUGAAUUCAAAAUGCAAGAAGUUGAGGGUGCUUAAAUUAGGGCAAUUCCAUGGGAUCUGCUCGGCCAGUGAGUGGCAGCUCGCUGGAGUUGCCUUGUGUGGGAAUUUGAAAUCUUUGUCUAUAAAGAAUUCAUGGGACUUGACGGAUAUGGGGUUGGUGGCUAUAGGCAGAGGGUGUUGUAAGUUGGCUAAGUUUGAAGUUGAAGGGUGUAAGAUGAUUACUGUGAAUGGGUUAAGGACUAUGGCUUCAUUACUCCGGAACACACUGGUGGAGGUGAAGAUUUCCUGCUGCAAGAAUCUUGAUGCUUCUUCGUCUCUGCGUGCUGUGGAGCCAAUUCGUGAUCGGAUUCAGCGACUGCAUAUUGAUUGUGUGUGGGAUGGGCUGAAAGAGGGAGGUGAGGUGGGUCAAUCCAGUUACGAUGGAAUUAAAGACGGAGAUUGGAGCAACAAGAAUAAGAGAUCGAAGUACGCAUUGGACGAAGAUUGCUCCUAUGUUCAUCGCAAUGGUAAUGGUUUUUGGUGCAAGAGAUGGGAUAAGCUGAGUUACCUGUCUCUUUGGAUUAAUGUUGGUGACCUCCUGGCUCCAUUGCCCAUGGCAGGUUUGGAGAAUUGUCCUGUUUUAGCGGAGAUUUGUAUAAAAGUUGAGGGAGAUUGCAAGGAUCGCCACAAACCAUCAGAACCUGCCUUUGGAUUGAGCUGCCUUGUGCGAUACCCUAUGCUUUCGAAAAUGAAGUUGGAUUGUGGCGACACUAUAGGCUAUGCACUCACUGCACCAUCAGGGCAAAUGGACCUCAGCUUGUGGGAGAGGUUCAUCUUGAGAGGGAUUAAGAAUUUGAGCCUCAAUGAACUUCAUUACUGGCCGCCUCAAGACAGGGAUGUAAACCAAAGGAGUCUAUCGCUGCCAGCAGCUGGCUUGCUUGCUGAAUGUCUCACCCUGAGAACGCUUUUCAUUUAUGGUACUGCUCAUGAGCAUUUCAUGAUGUUCCUGCUUAGGAUUACCAAUCUCAGGAAUGUGCAGCUGAGAGAGGAGUACUAUCCAGCUCCGGAUAAUGAUAUGAGUACAGAGAUGAGAGUUGAGUCAUGCAGCCGCUUUGAGGAUGCAUUGAAUAUGAGGCAGAUACCGGAUUGAACCUAGUGAAUUAUCAAAUCUUUCUUCAUUGUCAGCUCAAUAAUGAAGUCUGGGAGUCCUAGUGCAAAAAUUGUAAAAAUGUAAAAUAUCCUGUUUCUGCUGUACCCAUAUUGUAAUUUCUCCAUCUCAUUCCAUACUGACAAAAGCAGCUAAUAAUUUUGCAUUCUUGAA